UCCGUACAAAAAUUAACUUUUGGCAUUGGGACUCUCUAUCCGCCUCUUUUGUCCCAAGUUUUCGAACAAGGAACACGUAUUUCAGUUUUGUUCUUAAAUUUCAAUCAACGAAGUCCCUAUUAACACGAAUCCACGAUGGGUAGGGAGAACAAAACUACAUGGAAAGCGAACUAUUUCUUAAAAGUUGUGCAACUAUUAGAUGAGUACCCCAAGUGCUUCAUCGUCGGCGCUGACAAUGUCGGCUCAAAGCAAAUGCAGCAAAUCCGUAUGUCGUUGCGCGGUAUUGCCGUCGUCCUCAUGGGAAAGAACACGAUGAUGCGCAAAGCUAUCCGCGGGCACAUCGAGAACAACUCGAAUCUCGAGAAAAUCUUGCCUCACAUCAAGGGCAACGUUGGUUUCGUCUUCACCAAGGGCGAUUUGAACGAAAUUCGCGACAAAUUGACCGAAAGCAAGGUUCGUGCUCCCGCUCGUGCCGGCGCCAUUGCUCCCUGCGAAGUAAUUAUCCCUGCGCAAAACACCGGUCUUGGUCCCGAGAAGACUUCUUUCUUCCAAGCUUUGUCGAUUCCCACGAAAAUCUCCAAGGGUACCAUUGAAAUCAUCAACGACGUGCCCAUCUUGAAGCCCGGCGACAAAGUUGGUGCCUCCGAAGCCACUUUGUUGAACAUGUUGAACAUUUCGCCCUUCUCGUACGGUUUGUUGAUCGAGCAAGUUUACGACAGCGGAUCCAUUUUCUCGCCCGAGAUUUUGGACAUCAAGCCCGAAGAUUUGCGCGCCAAAUUCCAAGCUGGAGUCGCCAAUUUGGCUGCCGUUUGUUUGUCCGUUGGAUACCCAACUAUCGCUUCGGCACCUCACAGCAUCGCCAACGGAUUCAAAAACUUGUUGGCUUUGGCUGCCACGACCGAUGUCGAGUUCAAGGAAGCUGAAACCAUCAAGGAGUACAUCAAGGAUCCGAGCAAAUUUGCUGCUGCUGCUGCUUCUGCUGCACCCGCUGCUGCUGCCAAGACCGAGAAGAAGGAGGAAGUCAAGAAGGAGGAAUCUGAGGAAUCCGAUGACGAUAUCGGUCUCAGUCUCUUCGACUAAAAAAAUUACAUUUUUCAUUGCUUUGCGUUAUUGCUUUCGGGUGUGCCGGCAAAUAUAAUCGUCACGAGGGUGACACCUCAAUGGCGACCAUUUGCUGCGUACAUAAACGGAAGAAUAAUCGACAACAGAAGCCGGCAUUUGUAUUUUUCCCUGCACACUCAAAUGAUAGUUGCAUUAAAAGUAUGAAUGAAUUAUGAAUCAAAAA